AUGGAAUUCGGCCUGGGAUUAUUUGAAGAAGAAGUGAUUGCAGCACUUGGGCAGGACCAGGAGGAGAGGCCGUCGAAACGGGCAAAGCAUAAUGAUGCUGAUAGUCCUGAGGUGGAGGCAGAGGUACAGUUGGAGUGUCUGUCCAGGAUUGAUGCUCCCCCGGCUUAUGAGCAAUGGCUUGACUAUCCGGCUUAUGAGCUUGAUCAUAAAGCUCCCCUUUUCGGUAUUACGCGACAGGGCAGCCCAGGAAUUGGCGACAUCCUCGUUAGCGAUGAUGAGGAGAAAGUAGGAUAUGGUACUGAUCCCCAAUGCGGUUUGCCAUCUUUUUUUCGUCCAAGUUUAGGUAUGACUACUGCGCUUUUAGAGUCCUAUCCUAGGGGGAAAAGGAAUAGGUCUCCCAUCCUUCCACAAUACGGAGACAGUUUCUCUAUGGGACUUGGACUUGGUGGGCACGACAGACUAGACCUCGCACCAAACUUUUACUUCUACGCCAUCAAAUCAACCUUGCUACCAAUUCGGAGGGUACAGCAUGACCUUGUCAUACUGUACUUCCAGUACAUCCAUCCCUUGUUUCCGCUGGUAGAUGAAUACUACUUCAUGGAGACAUAUCGAAGAUAUCGAGGCCGGGAACAGUACAUGGACCCGUCUGAUUUUAUGAUAUUUCAGGCGAUAAUGGCCGCGGGAUUUGGACAUAUCAGCGAGGCGCAAUUACAGCGGACCCCGUAUAGGUCUGUCCAUGAAGGGCAGGAAGCUCAAUUCGAUCAGGUAAAGGCGCGAUACUGGUCAGCACCUCUGGCCGACCCUGUAGUGCUCACCCAGAUAUGUCUCAUAAUAAGUCUUUGGAGUCCCGGCCCUGCUGGCAUGCAAAACAACAGCUACUGGCUCAAUAUGGCUUUCAAACAUGCCACCAGUGGCCAACUGUGGAAAUCUCAGCCAACUUCUGAUGGUCGGCCAUGCCGUCGACGACUUCUCUGGUGGUGCUGCUUGGUUCGGGAUCGCGUUCUAGCACUUGGUAUGCGGCGCCCGUAUCGGCUACACAAAGCUCCUUUUGAGGAGGAAAUGAUAUCACAGGUUGAUUUUGGGAUGGAAGCGACAUCGCCAUUAUUCACAGCUCUUGAAUCGAAACAAGCUUCCAUGCUUGCGUUUAUUUGGCUGUGCAAACUUAGCGAAAUUAUGGCGGCCAUUGCGGUAUUUCAGCGGCGGAAUAAAUUCUCACGGGAAUGGGCUGGUGAAAGCGCUGGCACGAGUACGGAAGAGCUGCAAGAUGUCAGAGCGUUUGAUGAAGAUUUAAGUCAAUGGAAGGAGGGGUUUGAGGCCGAAGCCGUUGGCCUAAUAGAACAUGGCGACCAGGAUGUUGCAGUGCCAUUCAGUGUUUUGCGAAUUGUUGGAAAUUCCCUUCUUGCGGUGUUAUAUUCACCUUAUCUACACCUCUCCUCGAACGAGGAUACAUCUUUGGUAGGCAACAGCCUCGACCCUUUACAGCGAAUGAAAGAUGCCGCUCAGGGAGUCGAGUCGAGCGUCGUUGGUCUGAUAUCCACCAAGAAGAGCGACACCCUCCCAAAUUGGCUAGUAUCAUGGGUAACCCUGCCCGCGGCCAUAUACCACGUAACACAGCACGUGCAGAACAACUCCUCGCCAGAUCGAGUCCUUAUGCCCACCCUCAAUCGCUUUAUGAGAAGAACCACAGGCGCCCAAGCCAUGUUCCUGACUCUAACGAAGGCGACAAAGGAGUUCCUACAAAGGCUUAAGGAAACCCACAAUAAUAGCAGCCAUGGAACAGCUGCGGCGAAAUUUGGACGCCCACUGGCACCAGCACCGGAUGUGAGUCAAUCCGAGUCUAAGGAUGCUGUGCGGUGCGAUAGGGGAAAUAGGAUUAAGGAAGCGAGGAUAUUGGCUCAUGUUACAAAGGCGUUGGAUAUAGCGUUGGAAAAUAACUGUUAG